GCCAAUAGUGGGAACGGGGGGGCGGGGCAAAACCAAUCACGAAAAACGACGGGGCGGGCCGGAGCUCCUCUCGGCCUGCCCCGGGUCGGGUCCGGCGGUUGACGCUCGGGCGUUCCCGGCGGCGGUUAGGGCGUUGAAGGAAGCCAUGCUGCAGCUGCGGGAUUCGGUGGACUCCGCGGGCACGAGCCCCACUACGCUGAUCCCGACCCAUGGGGGCGUGGGCGUAGCGGCGCCGGGAGCGGGUCUCGGGACUGGCAGCAUAGGGGUUGGGGGCCGGACCCCGAUGCGCCAAACGCUGUGGCCCCUCAGUGUGCACGACCCCACGCGCCGCGCUCGCGUCAAGGAGUACUUCGUGUUCCGGCCUGGGACGAUCGAACAGGCAGUCGAGGAGAUCCGUUUGGUCGUCCUGCCCACGGAGGAUGGAGAGGUACAGGGCGUGUGGCUGUUGACAGAGGUUGACCAUUGGAACAAUGAAAAGGAGCGGCUGGUUCUCAUCACAGAUCAAUCUCUGCUGAUCUGUAAAUAUGACUUCAUUAAUCUACAGUGCCAGCAGGUGGUUAAAAUAUCAUUAAAUGCAAUUGAUACCAUUUCUUAUGGAGAGUUUGAAUUUCCUCCUAAAUCACUGAAUAAGCGAGAAGGUUUUGGGAUUCGAAUUCAGUGGGAUAAGCAAAGCCGCCCCUCCUUCUUAAACAGAUGGAAUCCCUGGUCCACAAAUCUGCCUUAUGCCACUUUUGUAGAGCAUCCAAUGGCAGAUGCUGAUGAGAAGAUUGCAUCUCUUUGCCAGUUGGAGAGCUUCAAGGCUUUAUUAAUCCAAGCCGUCAAGAAGGCCCAAAAGGAAUUCCCUUUACCAGGUCGAGCCAAUGGCGUGCUGGUCUUGGAGCGUCCUCUUCUCAUCGAGACCUACGUGGGGCUCAUGUCCUUCAUCAACAAUGAGGCCAAGCUAGGAUACUCUAUGUCAAGAGGCAAAAUCGGCUUCUAAACUACAUUUUAUAAUCCACUUGCUAUAGAAGUUGUCAUUUGGGUGUUGUGACUGUAAAGGAAAUCACCUCCUCAAAGGUAGAUGGAGGACGCAGGGUAGGCUUAUAGGUAAAAGAAUGUGUAAUAGUUACUCACCUCUAGGGUUCUCAAUAGCAAAAUGAAUUACAGACUUCAAACAUUGGAUACUUGGCAACAAUACAAGCUAUACACAAAGGGCAAAUUGAAUCCAGUUGUCACUUGUAUUAGCUAGUAUUUUAUUUUCUAAUUACUUCUAGUGCUUUUUCUUGAGUGUGUGGAUUUUGCUUUUUUUGACAUUUCCCAAUGCAGCCACUCUAGCAUGUUCCUUAAAAAGUCGGAAUGAUUCCACUUAGAAUGUAAUGUGGAUGUUAAUCAUAUACAAGGAGAGGUACCUUUUGACUAGUGCCUGUAGCCAAAAUGUUUACACUUAGGGGCAAUUUUAAUAUUUUUUUAAGAAAAAAAGCUUUUUUUUCUUUUUUCCUUUUUUAAGAAGCCAAAUGCAAAAGUAGCCAACAGACUGGCCCAUCUUAGCUGGACUUAGUCUUUGCCUUUGUUAGCUACUGUUGUGGAUGUUAGUACUUGUUUUGUAAAUAUGAGUUUGGUGAAGUCAAACUUUUUCUAGAAUGAAUCUAAAUUGUGUUAAUAUUUAUGCUACCACAUAUAGGCCCAAAGAGGUUUAUGGGGGGGAGGGGGGAAGAGAACACUUUAAGACGAUUUAACUGGUUUUAUUAAGACAUUCACCUUGAUAAUUCUUUGCACAUGAUUUUAUUAAUAUAUAUGCUAUGUUUUUUAUUGCCAUAUGAGUAUUUAAAAGGGAAUUGAUUCGCUUUGCUCUUCGAGUACUGCACUUUUUCAAGGCCUCCUGUUAGACUAGCACUAAGCAACUAAUGUCUAAUAUGGUUAUCCAUGUAUGUAUGUAGCUCAAAACAUUGCACUUAUUAACCAAGUUUUUGUGUCCUGGUGUGAAUAAUAUAGUUAAGGAUGAUAGCCUUUUACAAAUACAUUAUACAAAUCCAAUUAUUGCUAGACUACUUAGAAGACUAAGAAUCUUGUUUGCCACAAAAUACAACUUAAUUGUUUAUAGACUUUCCUUACUGUCUAACUAACUUCUUGGUUGGUGUAUGGAUGUUUGUGUGUUUGAAACUUCGUUUUUAAAUUUCCGAUUUAAUUGUUAGCUUGUCAGAUAUCUGGCAUGUGUGUGUCUGGAAUGCAAUAUGGUGCAUGUCCAAAAUAGACCAUUUGAGAAAACACCUGCGUGUCUAGCUUCUGUUUGUAAUCUUGUAGUAAAGCCAACUCCAACUUUA